AUGGCACACGCUCUAGGUGCCAUAUCGAUUGUGUCCGAGUCUGUCCCUCCUGCACACACUCCUAAGCAGCAGGUACGCGAUGAUGCCGCUCAAAUCACUCCCCCGAAGGCGCUCGAAAGCACACCGCCACCCACAGCGAGGCCAGUGGAAUCACGCGCAGCACCAACUACGCGCAUCCAGAAGCUGCGCCUGCUGAGUACUUGCAUGAUGGGUUUCGGAAAUGGCCUCAACGACAGUGUUCCAGGAGCGCUCAUUCCAUACAUGGAAACCCAUUACUCGAUCAGCUACGCCAUCGUGUCGCUUAUCUUUGUUACGAAUGCAGUUGGCUUCAUCGCUGCCGCGCCCCUUACAGAUCUUGUUGAGCAGCGGCUCGGCCGUGGCAGAGCGUAUAUCCUCGCCGAAGCUCUCAUGGGCGCCGGAUAUGUGAUCAUCAUCUGCACGCCUCCGUACCCGCUGGUUGUUUUGUCUUUCUUGCUCAUUGGCCUCGGCGAGGGAAUGGACCUCGCGUUUAACAAUGUGUUCUGCGCCAAUUAUGGCAACGGGACUACGGCUCUGGGGGUUCAACAUGGCAGCUACGGACUGGGCGGCACAGUUGGGCCGUUGAUCGGAACAGCGAUUGCAUCCAGCGGUGUGAUCUGGUCUCGUUUUUACGCCGUCGCGAUCGCAAUUGUAGCUAUCAACGCCUCCUUUGCCGGAUGGGCUUUCUGGAACUAUGAGGCGCCGAAGCCACGAACUCAGGUGCCGGAGACCAUCUCCCUCGAGACCGGAACCGCAGUUACUGUAGAACCAACCGAGCCCUCAAAACGGACUCUCCUGAAGCUCGCUCUAAAGAGCCCCGUCACAAUCCUAGGCGCCCUCUUUAUCUUCGCCUACCAAGGCGCCGAAGUCAGCAUCUCGGGCUGGGUCAUCAGCUUUCUCGUGGCAACCCGCCACGGCGACCUCUCCUCCGUCGGCUACGUAACUGCUGGUUUCUGGGGCGGAAUCACUGUCGGCCGCCUGGUCAUCUCGCCGAUCGCCUUCCGGCUCGGUGAACGAAUCUGCGUCGCCGCCUUUGUUCUGGGCAGUCUCGCCUUUCAGCUCGUCGUCUGGUUUGUGCCGAGUAUCGUGGGAAAUGCCGUCGCCGUUGCGAUUAUUGGAUUGCUCCUGGGACCCGUGUACCCGUGUGCAAUGGCUGUGUUCUGUAGGCUUCUGGAUGCAAAUCUGCAAUUGACGAGUUUGGGCUUUGUGAGUGGUGCUGGAAGCUCCGGGGGUGCGGUUGCGCCGCUUGUUACGGGGUUGGUUGCGCAGAAGAAAGGGACCUGGGUCCUGCAUCCGAUUUGCAUCGGGCUUUAUGGAGCGAUGAUGGGGGCUUGGUGUUUGUUGCCCAGGCAGAAGAAGAGGGACGAAUGA